UGCGGGCUCGGGGCAGCCCGGAAGCUGCCGGUCCCGGCGCGCCGCGGGCAGCUCGGGGGCCUCGCACUGCCGGGUGGCGGCAGUAUGGCGCCCAAGGGAAAGGGUGGUGGCAAGGCUGGCAAGGGCGGCGACAGCGGCAGCAGCAGCAGCGAUGCCAAAGCCCAGGGACCGAAGGGAGGCGGCAACGCCGUAAAGGUCCGGCAUAUCCUGUGUGAGAAGCACGGCAAAGCUAUGGAGGCCAUGGAGAAGCUCAAGUCUGGGCAGCGCUUCAGCGAGGUGGCCUCGCAGUACAGCGAGGACAAAGCACGACAAGGGGGAGACUUGGGCUGGAUGACCAGAGGCUCCAUGGUGGGACCAUUCCAGGAGGCAGCGUUCGCCCUGCCUGUGAGCAGCAUGGACAAGCCAGUGUAUACAGACCCCCCAGUCAAAACAAAGUUUGGGUACCACAUUAUCAUGGUGGAAGGCAGAAAAUAAAAUGUGAAUGACCA